ACCAGAAAUCCAGAAUAUCCCCACCACAGUUAGCAAUUUAUUGAGGAAAAGACAUUCUGAAAAAAGUGUCUAUCUACCUAGCUGUAAAGUCACCUAAGAUUUCUACACGUCAAUGUCCAUCAAACUGCCACAACGUCAUAACCUAUUCGAGAAGCAGUCUUCCAAAUCACCAGUGCUUGACCAAGAUAUUAAAAUGCAGUCUAAAAUGCCACAAUCCAGACUUGCAAAAGGCAAACCCAUACUACGCAGCAAAAAUCCUUACGCGGAUGUGAAAGCCAAGAUAAAUUCCUGUUUAAAAGGGAACUUGAGCGAUAGUGGGAGUGUUAAGGCCUCCGAAUCGGAUAAAAUUAAAGUUAGGGAAUACCGAUCCGUACUAGGUAAGGUACAUCAUUUAUUUCAAAUAAAGGGAUCUUGUACCUAAAGUACUCUUGGGUUGGUCACCCAUUCCCAAUACAAAAACUAGUGGUAUUGACAGAGCAAACCAGGCUUUCUAUACAUACAUAUAUCCAUAAAUGAACGAAAUGGACAUGUUUGUUUAUUCGUCUCUGCAACCAUAAUCAAACACGGACAGCGCUGUUUCGUGCUCAUUAGCAACUUCUCUAGACUGGGUGCGCAAGUAUACUGAAUGACAAAAAAGGUAAACACCUACGUAUGUUUAUCCGAUUUUAAUAAUUUUUUGAAUAUAUGUUCAGUGUCCCUUACUAGAACAAUGAUUAAAUUUUCAGCUUGAUACAUCAACUGACUGGUUCAAUAAUGUGUUUAGGAUCCACGAUUUCUUAUACACUCAUUGACGCGCCUGAGCAUUGUGCUGAUAAGGUGGUCGAUAUCCUGUUGGGGUAUCUCAUUCCAAGCUACUGCAACUUCGUGAGUAAGAGCUGCUGAAGACAUGUUCAAUUGGAGAUAGGUCAGGCGAUCGCGGUGGCCAACGUAAACGGUUGAUGCGAUGUUGAUCGGAUUUUGGAUGGUGUGUAGACCUCAGAAAUCACUCAGAUCGUGAACCACCCUCUCCACCUGUGAAUACCCCACCAACCCCAACCCAAAGGUCCUCUACCACCACAGAGAAAACUCUAACCUCCAAAUCAAAAAGCUGCAUGAAGAUUACAACUUACGCAUGCACCCAAAACACCUUUGACACAGCUACAAGCAUUAUAACUGAAAGGAUCAUCAGCAAACAGCUAGAGCUGGAGAGGAAUAAGCAAUGUACCAGAAGGUUGCUGCAGCAUCAAGGAAAGAUGCCUGAUAAGAUUGACGACGUAGUUGUUGAAAGAAUAUUGGAAAAAGAAGACGAACUGAAAAACACGAAAUUAUCAAGCGUUACUUCAAGUAAUGCGUCAGAUUAUACACAUGCAAAAUCAGUUAAAUUUGUUGAACAAGAAGGCUCCACGCUUAGAGAUACACUCCACGUGUCAAAGCUACCACAAGGGAAAGAAGAGUACCCAGUACCACCGAAGCAAAUCGGGUCACCAAAACCGAAGAAAAAAUCUACAAUAAACAUUAAAGACAUAAUGACCGCAAACAAAAAGAUAUCACGAGUCAAAGCUAACCUUCUGAGAUUUCCUGUCAGAAAAAAAUGCUCUGAAGAAGCUAAAAGUACAGAGUUAAAAACUAUCGGUAGAUGCAAUAAACCACACAAGAGCAUGCCCGAGCUUGCAAGUGAUACCAAAAAGAAAAGUACCAGCAGUGUGGGCCUUGUCAAGAAUCCAGUAUCUAUCACUUUGCCUAAGUUCAUAUUGAGCUCCAGACCAACUGCAAGGGUUACGGUAAAACACGUAGCAACUCAAGAUGACAUCAAAAACGAGGCAUGUCCAGCCUGCACCCAAGCCGUGAUCGAUCUAGAUGACUUCUCAGUUCAAGCCAACAUCCUAAACCAAACAAGUGACUUAUCCGUGCAAGCAGAUCAGCAGAUUGAUCAGAACACCCAGGAAACCAAUACCGUACCCGUGUCCAGCUUCAGUAGAUACACUGAUACCAUGAGAGAACCAGAUGUCGUCCAACAUACCCAGAUGAUGGAAUAUAUGACUGGAAAUGACCUAUAUUGCCUGGAGUGGGUCCGAGAUUACUUGUUUGACAUUAAGUUUGACCAUCGGCAAAUUAUUGUUGGUGAUAAGCUCAAGGAAGUCAGUGAAGUCGGCACAAAGGCAACGAUGAUAUAGAGUGAAACUAAGUAUCUGUCGUUGUAGUUUUGUCGAAGUUAGUCGUUAUGGUGUAGUUUCUUAAUGUCCUGAUGAUUUAAAAUUGUUUUAAGUUAGCCUUUUUCUUUAUCUGGAACUGAAAUAUACAGUACAAACAAGAGUACUUUAAAAUAAACAGGUAAAAGGUAGCUAUUAAACUAAGUUUAAAAUACAAUAAAAUAGAAAUAGCAAAUCUAUAAUAUAUUAGCG